UGCCGAGCGAGCCCGAGGCACUGGGCCAGGCCGGAGCCGGACUACGGGAGCCGAGGCGGGCCGCGCGGUGGGCGCGGAGAGGAGCGGAGCGGCGCGGCAGGCCGGGCGGGUGGCGGCAGCAGCGGAGGAGGCCGCAGCUGCGGGUCCGAGGAGCGGAGGCGACGCGGGCGGCGGCGGCGGGGGGCCGGGUGGCCGGGGUCCCGGGCCCCGCGGCGGCGGCAGCGGCGGCGGCGGCGGCAGGAUGAUCAAGCUGUUCUCGCUGAAGCAGCAGAAGAAGGAGGAGGAGUCGGCGGGCGGCACCAAGGGCAGCAGCAAGAAGGCGUCGGCGGCGCAGCUGCGGAUCCAGAAGGACAUAAACGAGCUGAACCUGCCCAAGACGUGUGAUAUCAGCUUCUCAGAUCCAGACGACCUCCUCAACUUCAAGCUGGUCAUCUGUCCUGAUGAGGGCUUCUACAAGAGUGGGAAGUUUGUGUUCAGUUUUAAGGUGGGCCAGGGUUACCCGCAUGAUCCCCCCAAGGUGAAGUGUGAGACAAUGGUCUAUCACCCCAACAUUGACCUCGAGGGCAACGUCUGCCUUAACAUCCUCAGAGAGGACUGGAAGCCAGUCCUUACGAUAAACUCCAUAAUUUAUGGCCUGCAGUAUCUCUUCUUGGAGCCCAACCCUGAGGACCCACUGAACAAGGAGGCCGCAGAGGUCCUGCAGAACAACCGGCGGCUGUUUGAGCAGAACGUGCAGCGCUCCAUGCGGGGUGGCUACAUCGGCUCCACCUACUUCGAGCGCUGCCUGAAAUAGGGUUAGCGCAUACCCACCCCUGCCACGGCCACAAGCCCUGGCAUCCCCUGCAAAUAUUUAUUGGGGGCCAUCGGUAAGGGUUUGGGGGGCGGCCGGUGGGGGAAUCCCCUGCCUUGGCCUUGCCUCCCCUUCCUGCCACCUGCCCCUAGUUAUUUUUUUUUUUUUUUUACCACCAUGUGAUUAAGGUCGGCGCUGCCUCCCCCGACCCACUCAGCGAUGGAAAAUGAAUUGGCUUGUCUAGCCCCCCUGCUGGGUGCUUGUUCAGCCCCCACUCUGGGCUGCGGAGUGGGUGGGCAAGGGGCCUGGGUAGCUGGGCCCAGGCAACCCACCCCUCCACCUCUGGAGGUCCCACCAGGCUAUUAAAGGGGAAUGUUACUGCA